AUGUCGCACUUUGUAUUAACAGGAGUAGUGGAUAACCAGAUUCGGCGAGAUGAACAUGUGGACGCAAUCUGUGAUGGACUUAGGAGUAUGGAAGUUACUUUCACUGAUGCUAAGAAUGAACAUAAGAGGAUUGCAGCUACAGGUAAUGUUUCAGAACUUUUAUCAAUCAACAUGUCAUCACCGGAGAGACUCAAAACAAAAGAUAAUACUGGAGCAACUCUACUUCAUACAGCGGCUGCUAACGGAAAAAAGGACGUCUUAGAAAUGCUUUUAAAACACGAAGAUAUAAAUGUUCAAGAUAACAAUGGUAACACACCUUUACAUUUGGCGGUGAUUAAUAAUCAUAUCCAUUUGAUUGAUGUUUUACUACGUGAAGGACAAAAUGCAAGUAUAUUAAAUGAUCUUCAGAUGGCACCUCUGCACCUGGCAUGUGACCUCGACAACACAGAUGCUAUCAGGGCUCUCUGCCAACAUCCAAAUGUUGAUAUCAACCAGCAAGCUGAAUUUGGAAAGACAGCUCUUCAUGUUUGUGCCCAAAAGGACAGAUUGGCUGCAGCUAUAACAUUGCUAGAUUUCAAGCCCAUGAUGUGUAUUAAAGAUUCAAAUGGCGCUUUUUCAGUCCAUUGUGCAGCCACUAAUGGGUCAAAAAAUGUUCUUGGCAUUCUGCUUGAAAAAGCGGAAAAGUGUGGAUAUUCGAGAAACAUAUUGUUUUCAUUCACCGACAAGGAAGGUAAUACAGCUCUACAUGCUGCGGUCAACAGCGGCUCCCAAAGAGCCGUCGAAGUGUGUAUUGAACAGGGAUCACCAAUUAACUUUCAACAGUCAGACCAGUCAACUGCACUUCACUUAGCAAGCUCGCAGGGUUGUGUUGAAAUCGUGAAGCUGAUUUUAGACAAAGACGACGAGUGUCAAGUAUUGGAGAUGAGAGACAUUGAGGGAAUGACAGCAUUACACAGAGCUUCUGCGUUUGAUCACAUUGGUAUUGUGAAGCUACUUUUAAAGAAGGGUGCGUCGAUCGACAUCAAAGACUGCGAAGGCAGGACACCGCUUAUGCUGGCGGCAUCCAGAGGAUCCUGGCGAACCGUUAAUGCUCUCAUUUCAAUGAAUGCUGAUUACCAAUUACGAGACAUUGGAGAUAGAAAUUUUCUGCAUCAUGCUGUAUACAAUGGGUUUAGCUUGCAAUUGAUUCGUUCAGAUUUUUCUACUCGGAUCGUGGAGCUGCUGAACGACGCCGAUGAACGUGGGUGCACACCGAUGCAUUACGCCACGCAGCAUGGCAAUUUCCGUUGUGUUGAACAUCUUUUGAAGUUGGGGGCAACAGCAAACCUUAAAAACAGAGACAAGCAGGCCCCAUUACAUUUUGCGGCACGAUUUGGACGCCUCAAUACACUUCGCCGACUUCUGGAUUGCCCGACUGGUCUUAAUCUAAUCAAUGAGGCGGACGGUGAAGGUAUGACUGCAUUACAUAUUGCUGCUUGGAACGGUCACGUGAAAGUUGUACAAAUGCUGAUAAACCAAGGUGCACUCUUGCACAGGGACCAUAACGGCAGGAGCCCACUUCAUCUCGCUGCAAUGGGAGGCUACACAGAUACAAUGAAUGUACUACUCUCGACCAAUUCACAUUUGCUCAACCAGACAGAUGAUUUUGAUAAUACAGCCCUACACCUUUCUGCAAUGAGUGGCCAAAGUGCAAGUGUGUCCUUUCUCUUGUCUCAAAAAGCUGAUGUGUUACCAAACUCAGAUGGCGACUACGUUAUUGAUGUUGCGAUAGAAAACAAGUUCAAGGAUGUAUCGUUGGCUUUGGUAAAUCACGAAAGAUGGAAGGAGGUGAUGGCUAAUUACAAUCACUCUAAAAAAACACCUAUGCACGGUUUCAUUGAGGUAUUACCAGCAGUAGCGAAGAGUGUGCUAGACAAAUGCUUAACACACGCGGAAUCUGUGGAUCCUAAACACACUAACUUCUGGGUAAAAUAUGAUUUCGAAUUUCUACAGUAUGAUGCGGAAUAUUGGCACAAUAAUUCAGCUACGUUGAUGCCUCUUGCUGGCCUAAAUCUCAGUGGUAUGCAGCAUACCACUAUUGCUUUGAUUGCUCUCUUUGCUAUCAUUAAUAUGGUCAAAGAAGUUGUACAAAUGUGGAAUCAGAGAUGGAAGUAUUUUAGUGACAUCAACAAUCUAACUGAGUGGUCGUUGUACGUAUUCCUCAGCUUGUUUGCAAUUCCUCAAGCGUUUCGUGUGCAUUUUGAUGAGCAUGUUGAAUGGGCAUGUGGUGCUUCUGCUGUGUUUCUCGCAUGGUUUGGCGCACUUAUGAUGCUUCAAAGCGCUGGAGUAGUGAAGAUAGGAGUGACAGUUAUAAAGUUUAACGAAGACAUCGAGAAAGGGGAUUUGGCAGUCACCCUGUUCAACAGUGAACUGAAUGCUAAUUGUGAAAGCUGUUCAACGAGAGAUGUUUCACAGAAUAUAAUUUGUUACAGGUUCAACGUUAGUGGAAUCUUUGUGUUGAUGUUUAUUGAGAUCACGAAAACUAUGGUACAGGUUUUAAUGGUUUUCUCAAUGUUGAUCAUUGCGUUUGGAUUGGCAUUCUAUUUAUUGCUUAAACAGGAGGACAAUCAUGCAUUCAGGAGUCCCGGCAUAUCGUUGUUUCGUGUUCUUGCGAUGAUGUUAGGCGAAAUUGAUUCUAUCAACUCAUUCAUCUCGCCUGCAACGGAUGAGAGCAAAUUUACGCUGCACUUUCCAGCCAUGACCUUUACAAUGCUUACGUGUUUUAUUAUCUUUAUGCCAAUUUUGCUGAUGAACUUGCUGAUCGGUUUAGCUGUAGGAGAUAUUGCGGGUAUCCAACGAAACGCACAGUUAAAACGACUAGCGAUGCAAGUUGAAUCGCAUACAGACAUGGAAGCUAAGAUGCCACUUCGCUUUCUCAAAUGGAUUGAAAAGAAAGAAUACGUCAUUUAUCCAAAUCAGAUAUGUAGAGUCAGCUCUUUGUUUCAAACAUUUGACAGGAUAGUAGGGACAACACAAAAUAAUAGUCAGCACACGAUGUACCAUGACGAAAUACCCGACAGUACGGCCCUGGAAGUGAAUAAGAUCAAAACCAGGUUGAAAUAUAUGUGCAACACAUUGGAGAAACAGAGUGAACUUUUAAAGUUAAUCGUACAACGAAUGGAAAUCACUACAGAAUCUGAGGAAAUGGACGAGGGCGAAAAACCGUCUACUGAGCUACGAAGGUACAAUAUGUCACAAGUUGUUCGACUGACAAUGGCCCGACGAGAAAAGCAAAAGUAAGGUGACCUUACAAGAAUUGUAAACGUGGUUUGUCAGGGUGUCUUUAAUGAGAUUUACCACGAUCAGGGAAGAAACGCCUUAUUAUUAUUGUGACGACAUUUGCAAAUCAACUCCGAUCUUUUAUGUAGGCCUAUUAUAUAAAAAUGUAUCAUUGUGAAAUAUUGUAGCACGUUGAAGGCAAUAACAAUGAUAAAAAGAACUAGUCAGGUUGACGUAUUUUUGGAACAUGAUAUAUUUAACAUGAAUAUUUCGUCCACUCUUGCGGACUUCAUCGGCAUAAGUGAUACCCGUCAGUGCUACUUACUGUAUCUACAAGUUCUGGAAACUCAAUUGUCAACAAAGAAAGCAUGGGCGGUAACAAACUUAGUAAGAAUAUAACAGUGGUGGUAGCAAACAGUGUAUAGACUAUAGGUUACAGAUGUUGUCAUCUGUAAUGAUUAUAUAAUCACUGGCAGAGAGUCCGUGUCUGUAUUUAAACUUUUAGUAUGGGUUUUAGGCGACGAAAUCCAACGGAUUUUCGCAGCGCGUGUCAUUAGCAUUAUGGUUAGCGAGACUUAGAUGAGCUGCGACUGAUUUUCUCAUGCCUUACAUCUGUAAUUUUGUAAUUCUUGUCUUGAUUUUAGCCACUGUUUCACCUAUGUAAUCUCUCUGGUUAGACUUACUACAAUAAAUGAAAUAAAUAGGCCUAUCGCUAGUUAGAAGCAUGGCAAUGUAGGUGGUUAGAGGGAUAUAUUAUUUCCGACAUUCUUGGUAUUUUGAACCUCACCCUAGAGUAAUUAUAUUACAUAAUUGACAUAUGCUGUCUUUACAUGGUUAUUUUUUGUGGUAUGUCUUCAGUGGUUGUCUGUAGGUAGUUUAGAGUGUAUUGAUAUGUAUAUCUAGAUCU